UUUUCCCCAAUUCUCCUUCUUACCCCUCUAAUUUCCAAAAAUUCCGUCCCUCUGUCCCCAUCAUGCUUUCCGCCAUUCUUCCCUCCGACCCUCUUCUCAGCAACCCAUUCUCCGCCUUCGCCGGCGGUUUCACGCCGCCGUGGGACUGCCACGAUGACCCCUUAUCCGAUUACCUCAAACCCAGUACUGAACCCAAACCGGUAACUUCAAGUUCCGGUUCUGGCGGACCGAUCCUAACCCAUGAGAAACGUAAACCGGACCCGGACGAACCGGACCAGAGUGCUGAGCCGGUAAUCGACGAGCGGAAGCGGCGGCGCAUGAUAUCGAACCGGGAAUCGGCGCGUAGGUCGCGUGUGCGUAAGCAGAGGCACCUAGAGAACCUUCGGAACCAGUUGAACAAGUGUAGGAUGGAAAACCGGGAACUGAACAACCGGUUGCAGUUCAUCUUGUAUCACCUUAACCGCGUGCGAACCGAAAACGAAUGGCUCCGGUCUGAGCGAACCGUGCUCCAGGAACGAAUUUCCGAAUAUGCCCAAAUUUUGGUUUUGCAACAAUUGCAACCUUCUUUCUCCACUGCAUGGAAUUGCAAUUUGACAGAAUAAAACCCACCUUGAUUAAGCAAGUAAAUUAAUCACAAAUAUAUAUGAUCUCGGUUAAAAUUCUAAGACAAGGAACUUGUCUAAGUUAUAUAUCUAUAUAUGUAAAUCAUUAAAAGUAGCUAGAUGAAGAUAAACGGUGGGGGUAUUUUUGGAAAAAAUAGGAGUGGUUUUGGAAAAUAUUGUUGAUUUUUUCAAAGCCAUAAGGUUAAUAUGAUCAAUUAUAAUUUUAUUUAUGUAAAAUAUAUAUAUCCUAGCCAUUUUUGUUUUUAUUUUUG